AUGGGAGUUGUUGUUAGUGUGCCAGAAGUAAGCAUAGGAAUAAAAAUUGUUAAUAAAAAAAAAGAAGAAGUCAAAACAAACAAAAAUAUUUUAUACCUGUAUUUAUGUAAGAGCAAUAUCAUAAAUAUCAACAGAAAUAUAAAAUAUUUAAGAAAAAUCAAAAUUUUACAAAUUUGUUGCAAUAAAAUAACGGAAAUUCCACCUGAAAUAAAAGAAUUAAAGGAUUUAAGUAUCCUUUAUUUAUGUAAAAACAGGAUAACUUCUGUUCCAUCAGAAAUAAAAGAGUUAAAACUCUUACAGGAAUUAAAUUUAGCAGAUAAUCAAAUAACGGAAUUACCUGAAUCUGUAAAAUUUUUAAAUUUAAAAGUAAUUGAUGUUUCAGGUAAUUUAUUUGAAGAAUUUCCAACUGUCAUAACGGAAAUUAAAUCAUUACAGAGUAUUACUAUACUAAGGAGUAAUAUAAAGUAUGCAUCACCCAGGAUAUUAGAACUGCCUUAUUUAGUUGAUUUUAAUUUCUCUUCUCCUGAGAGUAUAACUGCUGUUAUUAAACCUGAAUUAUCGUUAUGCAAUAUUAUAACGGAAUAUUUAGUUAAUUAUAACGGAAAUAUAAAAAAAUAUCUUCCUUUUUCGGUAUUAAAAAAUAUUUUUAUGGUAAAAACCUGUUAUAUUUGUAAUAAAUUUUGUUUUACAUACAAAAUAUACACAAAUAUAACGGUUUUUAAUAAAAGAGUGCCUGUACAGUACGAUAUUUGUCACAAGCACACUGUAAAAAUGGAAGAUGUUCAGGAAAGCAUUAAGGAAUUACUUUUUUCAGAGGAAAUUCAGUUAAAUAUUCCUAAAAAGGAAAUAAAAACAAGAAAAGCCCUGAAAAAUCCAGAAAAUGUCAUAAAAAUAUCUGAAAUCAGGAAAUAUUUACAGAAUAAUCAAAUACACAUCAAGAAUUAUAAGUAA